AUGAAAGGUUUGAGCAAGUUCCGGUUACUCUUCUUCAAAGAUGGGUUGUUUGUAAUUUCAGCCUUUAUUUCUCCACUUAUUCUUCUAGUGUAUGUUUUUUUACGACUCAGUUCUCCAAUGAGUUACAUGAACUAUGGACCUCUCUAUGGAGGCAUGUGUGAAAAUCCUCCUGCCUUGCCGCCACGCAAUCCCAAUGUACCAACUCCUCCUUAUGGAUCUCCAGCCAUGUCGGGUAACAUAAUCCCAGGACAAGCUCCAAGAUUGGUGAUCAAUGAAAGUGAAGCCGUUGCUUUGCUUCAGCAUUUAGAUCGUGACGAGUUACGGGCUCUCCUAGAAAAUGAAAACAAAUUAGAUGAAUUAGUACAAGAUUUGAUGCAGGUAAAGAAUAUUCAACAAGAUCGUGAAAUGAUGCUGGCUAGUAAUAAAAGCUUAGCAGAAUACAAUUUAGAAAUUCGACCACGAUUUGAAGAACUGAAACAAACAAUUGCAAAAAACUAUGCUGAAAUUUCGCAGCUGAAAACCAAACUUGCGGAGGAUAUUGGAAAUCUUGAUGUGAUUCUCAACAACCAGUCUUUGGAAACCAUUUUGGCACUUAUACAAGCUGAUGCAGCCACAACAGAAGAAGAAUCUGAAAAAUUGGCUGAUGACUUUCUGGAUAAGAAAAGCGAAACUGAGCAGUUUCUUGAAGAAUACAUUCCUAAACGGACAGAAGCACAUCUGAAAAGAGUGAAAACUGAGAAAAUGUCUGAUUUGAUACAGAAUCGAAAUCUAUCAACUCCCCCUAUGAGUGAUUUACACCAUUCCAGUUUCCACUGGAAAGACUCGAGCUCUGGACAUUGUCCUUACCCCUCAGCAAAUAGUGCAGGCUCUUUUAUGAGAAUGCCAGAUCCCUCUCAUUAUAUGUAA